GGAACUAUGGAAAGGAAGCGAACUGAGGGUGCGAAUGCCCUGUUUGGAUGAGUGAAGUUGCUUCUUGAGUUUUUUUUUUUAUUAUUACUUCUUUCCCUCUAUAUAUUUUUGUACUUUGUGACUGGAAUUUUUGGUGCAAUGUUUGAUAAACUUGUUUUGGAUCACAACAGGCAGUGCCGGGUUCAAGGCUGAAAAAAACAUAUUGUGUCUGGGUGGUGACCGGCACCCCGCAGAGGGGGUUGCUGCAAUGUUGGGGCCACACACUGGAGGCUCCCCCACACCCCCCCACCCCUGGGCCAGUGAGGACAGUGGGCUAGCUGCAGAUUGCCAGGGGAGCACGACUAACCCUCCGCGAGGGGAACCAGAGUACAUCAUGCGGCUGGUGGAAGAUCUGCGCAGGUUUGCAGCUGUGCUGCUGAGCCUUAAAGACGCCUUCCUCGCUGAGGAGGAGCCAGCCAGCAUGCAUCGUGUGGUUCAGGAGCGACUGACGGAGCUGUUGGGCAUCCUGAGGGCCAUCAUCGCCAAACACCCAACUCUUAACUCCACCCACAUUCUCGGUGCCACGGGCAACCUCAUCGCUAAGGUCAAAGGCGUGAACUUUAAGGAAGUCAACAAGGAAAACAAAGAGACUAUUUUUGGCGACAUACACACGUCCAUCGACUCCCUGGCUUUCACCUUUGGCAAUGUGGUGUCGGACUUCCUGAUGGGAGAUGUGGACAGCACCUCCAACUUGGGGCUCAGCAAGAGCAGAAGUUUGUCUUUCGACAAUCUCACCGGUGAUGCAGGGGAAUAUGGUCGAGUCCCAGAAGAUGCAACAAGCCCACUGCCUGAUGUGGAUGUGAGCCAGCUAAAGAAUGGCCGUGGGGUGGAGUCUGCUCUGCUCUACGCCAAAGCCUGGAGCAAGUACACUAAAGACCUGCUGGCCUGGGUGGACAAACACAUAAGCCUGGAUAUUGAAUGUGCCAAAAGCAUGGCCAAGAUGGCAGAAUCCGCAAAGAUGCUCUUCAGCCAACAGGACUAUAUGCCAUUUAGAGAGAUCUAUAUCUCCGCCUUCAAAAAGGACAUCGAGUACAGCCAGCUCCUACUGCAGACGGCGUCAGCCCUCCAGACCAAUAAGUUCAUUCAGCCACUCCUGUCCAGAAGGACCGAGCUGGACAAGCUGAGGAAAGAGCUCAAGGAGCAGUGGCAGAGGGAGCAGAAGAAAAUGCACGAGACCGACGUGGCCAUGAAGAAGGCCUACCAGCAGCAGGUGCAGCGGCGGGAGGAGUACGAUAAGGUCCGCGGCGCCUCGGGCCGCACCGAGGAGGAGCAGGGCAGCGGAGGACGGCAGAGGGACAAGAGGAGGAGACUAGAGGAGGAGGCCCUGCUCAAGACGGAGGAGGCGCAGGAGCAGUAUAAGGCGUGUGAGGCUGAGGCGGAGAGCAGGAGGGUCGCUCUCGCCAGCACCCAGACCAGCAUCCUCACACAGAUACGAGAGCUGCUCUUCCAGUGUGACCUCACACUCAAAGCGGUAACGGUGAACCUGUUCCAGCUGCAGCGAGCGCAGUCGUCCUGUCUGCCUGCGGCGCAGCACAGCCUGAGCGAGCGGGCCAGGCGCUACCAGCCCGGUCAGAACUACACCCACUUCCUCAGCAGCCUGCCCCGCGAACAUACACACCUCAAGACGCGCUCCUAUGACCUCACCAGCACGGGCUCCAGGGAUGAGGUGGACGGUGAUCUGCGGAGCGCCCCGCGGCGGAGGGCCAGUGGAGGAGACUUCACCGGCGGGGGAGGAGGAGGCAGUGACUCUGAGAGCGCAGGAGGCAGCAGCGAAUCACACUCUAUAGAUUCCCCAGUAGCCAGCCCAGUAACUAUGGGCCGAGGACUCCCCAGAACACCCUCCACUGGGACCAUGUCAUCUGCAGACGACCUAGAUGUGCGAGAUCCAGAUAACGGUCUUGGAGAUGGGCCGGGUGAGCUGACGAGUUCUCCUGGACCCUUCCAGAAUGUUCAGAUGUCCAAAGCCGCCCAAACACACCGGCUGCGCAGACUGCGAGCUCCAACUAAGUGCCGCGAGUGUGACGGUCUGGUGGUGUUCCAUGGAGCAGAGUGUGAGGAGUGCUCGCUGGCGUGCCAUAAGAAGUGCCUGGAGGCUCUGUCCAUCCAGUGUGGCCACAGGAAGCUGCAGGGGCGUCUGGCUCUCUUCGGGGAGGACUUCGCCCAGGUGGCCCGGGGCAGCCACGACGGGGUCCCCUUCAUCAUCAGGAAGUGUGCGGCUGAGGUGGAGAGCCGAGCGCUCACCCUGAAGGGUAUCUAUCGUGUGAACGGAGCCAAGUCGCGCGUGGAGAAACUGUGCCAGGCCUUUGAGAAUGGCAAAGAGCUGGUGGAGCUGUCAGACCACUCCCCUCACGACAUCAGCAAUGUGCUCAAACUCUACCUGCGCCAGCUGCCGGAGCCCCUUAUACAGUAUCGUUUCUAUAACGACGUGAUUGGGAUCGCCAAGGAGACUCAGAAGAUUGUGAUGGUGGAGGCAGCCGCUGAGCAUGAGUCGUCAGGGAAGACUCUGAGUAUGGAGGUGCAGCGUGUCGUCCUCAAGAUGAGGGACCUGCUCCACCACCUCCCCCCGACCCACUACAGAACACUACACUUCCUGUUGGCCCACCUGUACAGGGUGUCGGAGCAGGAGGAAGAGAACAAGAUGAGCGCAAGCAACCUGGGUAUCAUCUUCGGGCCCACGCUGGUCCACGCGCGCCAGACGGGAGCCGAGGUCUCGCUCUCGUCGCUGGUGGACUACCCGUACCAGGCGCUGGCCGUGGAGUUGCUGAUCCGCUACCACCAGUCCAUCCUGCCGCUGCCCUUCACCUCCCCGCCACAGCAGGGUCUCCGCAGGAACGCCCACUCACUGCUCGACAUCAAAGAGACUCAGCCCAACAGGGGGCAGCACCGCCACUCGUGUUUUUCCCCAGAGGUGCAGCUCUCAGACGGGCUUCAGCAGGAGACUGGUUUACUGAGCCCAGGCAGGUUCAAUAUUGAAGGCCUGAGGUCUGGCGGAUCAAACAGAAGCCCGGUAAUGAUGCGAUCCCCGCCUGCACUUCUUCAGCGCGUGCCACUCCGCCCUAUGAGCAUGCCUGUAAGCGUGCCCGUCAGUGUGCCCAUGACCACACCAGUGAGCGUGCUCGUGGAGAGGCGGCUGCCGCCUGCCAUCCCUGAUGCAGACACCAACACGCACAAAGAUGGCAGCACACAAUCUGAGCCCAAUGCAGGAAUGGGCCCAAGCAUAGCAGCAGACCCAAAGCAAGGCGUAGGUGGGGACACAUGCAAAGGCACCGGACCAGAUGAACAGCCGGAUGGAGCCAAAGUAAUGGCCACAGACUUGAGCUGCGCAGCCGGACCAGGCGCAGAUGUUCCAGACUCGGGCUUGAAAACGGCAGAAGACACGAACACAAACUCGAGCGCAGGCGUCAAGGCAUCGCAAGUCCACGGCACAGUUCUAGACACUCAAGUGCUGCGUCGGACGUGGGAGAAGGAGUACCGGCCCCCGCUUCUCACUCCCCGCACGGCCAUGAUCCUCAGCAACCUUCCCCGUCCAUCUGCUGACACCACCUCCCCCUCCUCCAUCACCAACACCGCCACCACCACCUCUAGCGUCGUCACCAUGUUUCCCCGCAGCCCUUACUCCGUGAGUGUGGGGCAUGGGGGCCCACCGGUGGUCUUCCGAGCUCCACGGACUCUGCACCCCCCGGUCGGAACUUUCUACCAGCCCCCACAGACUCCGAGUCCCACGGCAGUCGACACUUCUCCUGCUUCCACACCCAGCCCCUCCACCCCCACCUCCCCCCCUACCUCCACCACCACCAGACAACGGCUCCGGAGCAGCCUGCAAGAACUGGAGCCUCGAGAGGCCCACUUCGUCUGAAUACACUGUUUGUGUCUGUGUGUCUGUGUGUCUGUGUGUCUGUGUGUGAGAGAGAGAGAGAAAGAGAGCGAACAUGUGGUGUGUAAGAGCGUGUUUGUGAGAGAAUUCUACAUGACGACAAUGCCAAGUGAGCCAGCUUAAACCCAUGCCAUAUUUCAGCUGGGUCCAACCCUCAGUCAAGCCACUAUGUUUUAGUCAUAUUCUCAUGUUAAGUGUUCUUAUGAAAUGUUCUGACAAGGUUUUUCUCACAGGGUUUUGUUUGUGUCUUCUCCGUCAGCAUCAAUUAUAUAUUAAGGAGUUCAGAUUUAUUUUAUUAUCUAAAACAUAUGUUAUUGUAUGAUGUACCAAAACACUAAUUGUUCUGUCAGGCUAAACUGCAUUCCAAUGGUAUGCAAUACAGUUGCAUUAUUAUGAUAAAAUGUACCUUUUAUAUUUUGUAUUUUGGUAUGAACUGUGAAUUAAUACAUGGAGUUACAACAGA